CAGCAUCAUCAUCACAUACAGCAGACAGGCUGCCCUACUACUACUACACGUAUGUACAUGUACGUAGUGCCAGGUUGACGGUGGGAAAGUCGUCAGUGCAGUGUUGUGUAGUAAUAAGUUGAACAUGUUUUUUGUACGUUCAACGUGUACUACGACUUAUGUACAUUACAUGUAGGAUGUGCCGAGGAGAUGGAGCUUGAGAUCUUGAUGAUGAUAUCCGUGCCGCCAACAAGAAUUACUAUCAACAUUAUGUAGCCAGAAACAAUUGCAAUAUAAACUGGAAUCUGCAGGAACUAAUGGCUCGGUCACCUGGGCCUGACCGGGUUGAACAAAGAGUGAAUCUGUUGUCGUUAUUAAGGCCAAUAAUGGGGCCGCAACCGGGAAACGGGGACCCCAUACCCGACAACAACGGCGAUCGUAGCGGUGAGUACGAUCAUAUGGAAAAAUGGCUGGACUCGCAUCCAGAAUUCUCGCACGAUUACUUUGCACGUAAGGCCACCCGUAGCAUGAUCGACGGAUGGUACAUUGCUCGAGCUGUUUCUCAAACCACUAAACCCCCAGUAGCUGAGUCUCCGCAUUCACCUAGUAGCUCCUCUGGAAGUAACACUCCAGUGCGAAAGGUUUCUGCAUCCGAAUUUGAAGUUCAGGGUUCUGGUGGUUCACUUGGUAGAAUGAUAUCUACUGUCGAUGGGGCUCCAAGCUUCCUCGGCACAAGCCAUCUUCACCUCCAAGGCAAUUCCAGAUCGUCACCAACACGAUCACGGAAGUCCAUCAGCGAGCUUAAGCAACUGGACGAUAGGGCAGUGCUCAUGGAACUAGUUAAAGAUAUUGCUAAUGACCUUGACUUGAACUCAUUGUGCCACAAAAUUCUUCAAAAUGUGUUGAUCCUUACCAAGGCUGACCGGGGAUCACUCUUUCUCGUUUAUGGAAAAGGAACAGAACAGUGUUAUCUAGGCUCAAAGUUAUUUGAUGUGACAAGCGAAUCUACUGUAGAAGUGGCUGGAAAGGAAGAAGUACGAGUGUCUUGGGGGAAAGGAAUAAUUGGAUACGUUGCUAAAACAGGAGAGGCAGUUAACAUUGCCAAUGCUUACGAGGAUCCUCGAUUCAAUUGUGAAAUUGAUCUGCAAACAGGGUACAAAACAAGAAGUAUGCUGUCUAUGCCCAUCAAAGCCCCUCUAGGGGAGGUGAUAGGUGUGGCGCAGGUCAUUAACAAGAUUGGCAGUAAAGAUCGGCAUGAAGCUUUCACAGAUAGUGAUGAAAAGGUAUUUGCUCAAUAUCUGCAGUUCUGUGGAAUCGGUAUCAACAAUGCAAGAAUUUAUGAAAGGGCAACAAUGGAAAUAAGGCGAAAUCAGGUUCUUUUGGAAUUAGCAAAGGUACUUUUUGAGGAGCAAAGCACUCUUUCUAACAUUGUUCGGAGGAUCAUGGAGUUAACGAUAUCUCUACUGCGUUGUGAACGGUGUUCCAUACUGCUUGUGGAUGAGACAUCUAAGAGAAGGAAAAAUAAGCGGGGGACAAGCAAAGACACGCAUAUAUUUUCAAAAGUGUUUGAGUUGGGAGUGGAUGAUCUUGAAAACAAAGGCCCCUACAAUGGAACCAGCAAAGAAUGUCGUUUUCCUAUCCACCUAGGAAUUACAGGGUACACAGCGACCACUGGUGAGACUUUGAACAUUGCUGAUGUAUACAAGGAUUCAAGAUUUGAUCCCAAGAUUGAUGAAGAAACAGGGUAUAAAACUAGACAGAUGCUGAGUAUGCCCAUAAAGAAUGCAUAUGGGUCUAUUCUUGGUGUCAUUCUUCUGGUGAAUAAACAAGACGGCACUCCAUUUAACAUGAAUGAUGAAGACAUGUUUGAGGCUUUCUCCAUCUUCUGUGGUAUGGGAAUUAACAACACAUACAUGUAUGAAAAAGUCUGUCGGUCAGUGGCGAAACAGAGGGUAGCAUUAGAGACACUGUCAUACCAUGCAACAGCACCACAGGAGGAAGCAGUCAGGUUAAAGAAAAUGGCAGUUCCCACGCUGUCAGAAAUAGGGCUUGACAGCUACUUCUUCAGUGACAUGAAGCUAUCUGAAGAUGAGACACUAACUGCAUCAUUAAGAAUGUUCAUUGACUUGGAUCUCAUCAAUCGCUUUCAUAUCAAUUAUGAGACUUUGUGCAGGUGGUUACUGAGUGUGAGGAAAAACUACCGUAAUGUGAGGUACCACAAUUGGCGUCAUGCAUUCACUGUAACUCAGACAAUGUAUUCAAUACUGAAGAAUGGAGGCAUGCAUGGUAUACUUUCAGAUCUAGAAUGCCUGGCUUUGCUGGUUGGUUGUUUGUCUCAUGACCUGGAUCAUAGAGGAACUACAAAUAAUUAUCAGAUCAUGUCUGAAUCACCUUUGGCCCAGCUAUAUUCAACUUCAACCAUGGAGCACCAUCAUUUUGAUCAAUGCAUCAUGAUAAUCCAUAGCAAGGGGAACGAGAUAUUUCUGAAUCUGACAGCAGAGGAGUACAGUCAUGCAAUGAGAAUCCUAGAACAUGCCAUACUGGCCACUGACUUGGCACUUUAUUUCAAGUACCGAGGUGAAUUCUUCAGUCUUGUUGAAGAGGGUCAUUAUGACUGGAGUGAUGAUGAUCAUAAAGAUUUACUACGUGGAAUGAUGAUGACUGCAUCAGAUGUAUCUGCAAUCACUAAACCCUGGGAUGUGCAAAAAAAGGUGGCCCACCUUAUUUUUGGUGAGUUCUUCGAGCAAGGCGAUCUUGAAAGACAGAAUUUUAACAAAACCCCAGAGGAUAUGAUGAACAGAGAAAAGCUACAUCUCUUACCCAAGAUGCAAGUGGGUUUUGUGGAUUCUAUAUGCAUGCCAGUAUAUGAGGCACUAUCGAAAACCUCUGAAAAGAUGACACCUUUACUCCUUGGCUGCAAAGCAAAUCGGGAUCACUGGCAAGAUAUAGCAGAGCAAUGUAAGCAACCCAUGGUAGAGGUUAAGGAACAAGCUUCAUCUGAAGAGAAGGAUAUUGAUGAAUCGGAAGCUCUCCAAACAUCCAACCAGUCCAGCAAUAAAGAGUAAAGUCUAACACACUAACAAUCAUUGAUAGUUUAAAUCACUCAUUUCAAAGAUUUAUACCUACUAUUUUACAUUGUGAUAUAAGUAUAGAGAAAUUUCCCAUGUACUUUUAAAAAGUUUGAUCAUUGAGUGAAAUGACUGCAUGCGUUUGCAUUAUUCUCUGAGGUACUAACUUCAUCAGGAGCAUUAUUCUCUGAGGUACUAACCUUAAUAUUAGAGCACAUAUAUUUGCAAGUUGAAGAUUGCCAGAUGUUGGGCUGUAUUCUGUAGUGUCAGUGGUGUUACUCCUCCAGUGUCAUGUUUGAAAUGAUACAAUUAUCUCUUUAUGUUUGUAUAUAGUUGAAACCUUGUCUAGGUUUCUAAGUAAUUUAUCGGGAAAGUGCAACUCAUUAUGUAGAUUGUUAAGUCUGGGUUGUUCAUCCCACCUACUUCAUUCUACAGUAUUUUAUGUUAAUGGAUUGAUUCUCAGGGUGGCAGAUGCUCAAACUGCCAAAGAUUUGGUCUUUUACCUGCAAAUUCAGUUGUACAGUUUUAAGAUUAAUAAAUGUUUUGUUUAUCAUGUGUGCUAAAAUAUAACAUUUUGGUCCAGUUUAACCUUAAGUAUUUACUUUUUACCGGAUGACUUUCUGCUUUCAGGAUUGUUAAUUUGUUGGAAAGGUUUACAUUUUUGUUUAAAUAUAAUGUAACAUAAAAUCUAUAUUUAAUUUGCCACCAAACUGCUGCAUAUCCCAUCAGCUAAGAUGACGUCCAUCACAAAGCCAUGUAUAUCAGUUCAUUUAUGAGUCAACGUGUUUUGUCUGGCCAGAUAAGUUGAUUUAAUGCAAUUUGGACUGUUGAAAUUUUGUGUUAAACUGUUUGGACCCUUGUAAGUAAAAUAUUGAACAUUGUAUUGUUUUGAAUUGUUAUAAUUUGUUAUAAUUUGUUAUACUAUUGUUGUUUUGUGGAUCUUCAUGGUAUUAUUCUUUGGGUAUUGUUUUACUUGUAUUCAGACAUACUAUACAAACAAGGAAUGUUUAUGCGUGCAAAAGAGAGGAUUUGUUCAUGAAUGGAGUUGAAUGGAGUAUGUUAUAAUUUCAAGAGAUGAGCUGAAGUCUGAAGAUCAAAAA